UUCAGCCAUUACAUUCACCCACGGGCAGCGGUGGAGGACAGGUCAUUAGCAACCCGACAAAAUGCUAUCCGUGAGAGUUGCAGCAGCUUUGGCCAGAACCCUGCCAAGAAGGGCUGGAUUUGUGUCCAAGACUGUACCGGCCGCCUGCGUUGGGGUCAACCACCUCCACACACACAGACCAUGGCUGCAGAAGACAGGCACAGCCGAGGUGUCUUCCAUCCUGGAGGAGAAGAUCAUGGGAGCUGACACCUCUGCAGACCUGGAGGAGACAGGGCGUGUGCUGUCCAUUGGUGAUGGUAUUGCCAGAGUGUACGGUCUGAGGAAUGUCCAGGCAGAAGAGAUGGUGGAAUUCUCCUCUGGUCUGAAAGGCAUGUCUCUGAACUUGGAGCCUGAUAACGUUGGUGUUGUGGUGUUCGGUAAUGACAAGCUGAUCAAGGAGGGUGACAUUGUGAAGAGGACUGGUGCCAUUGUGGAUGUUCCUGUUGGUGAGGAGCUGCUCGGCCGCGUGGUGGAUGCUCUGGGAAAUGCCAUUGAUGGAAAGGGUCCCCUUGGCUCCCAGACCCGUAGGCGUGUGGGUCUGAAGGCCCCUGGUAUCAUCCCCCGUAUCUCUGUGAGGGAGCCCAUGCAGACUGGAAUCAAGGCUGUGGACAGUCUGGUGCCCAUUGGCCGUGGCCAGCGUGAGCUGAUCAUUGGUGACAGGCAGACUGGCAAAACCGCCAUUGCCAUUGACACAAUCAUCAACCAGAAGCGCUUCAAUGAUGGAACUGAUGAGAAGAAGAAGCUGUACUGCAUCUAUGUUGCCAUCGGACAGAAGAGGUCCACUGUGGCUCAGCUGGUGAAGAGGCUGACUGACGCUGAUGCCAUGAAGUACACCAUUGUGGUCUCUGCCACUGCCUCUGAUGCUGCCCCCCUGCAGUACCUGGCCCCAUACUCCGGCUGCUCCAUGGGAGAGUACUUCAGAGACAAUGGCAAGCAUGCCCUGAUCAUCUAUGAUGAUCUGUCCAAGCAGGCUGUUGCCUACCGUCAGAUGUCCCUGCUGCUGCGUCGUCCUCCUGGUCGUGAGGCCUACCCUGGUGAUGUGUUCUACCUGCACUCCCGUCUGCUGGAGAGAGCUGCCAAGAUGAACGACAACUUUGGUGGCGGCUCCCUCACUGCCCUCCCCGUCAUCGAGACUCAGGCCGGUGAUGUGUCUGCCUACAUCCCCACCAAUGUCAUCUCUAUCACAGAUGGACAGAUUUUCUUGGAGACUGAGCUGUUCUACAAGGGUAUCCGUCCCGCUAUCAAUGUGGGUCUGUCUGUGUCCAGAGUAGGCUCUGCUGCCCAGACCAGAGCCAUGAAGCAGGUGGCUGGUACCAUGAAGUUGGAGCUGGCUCAGUACCGUGAGGUGGCUGCCUUCGCUCAAUUCGGUUCUGACCUGGACGCUGCCACCCAGCAGCUCCUGAACAGGGGUGUCAGGCUCACUGAACUGCUGAAGCAAGGACAGUACUCUCCCAUGGCCAUUGAGGAGCAGGUAACAGUCAUCUAUGCCGGUGUCAGAGGGCACUUGGACAAGAUGGAGCCCAGCAAGAUCACAAAGUUUGAGAAGGCUUUCCUGCAGCACAUCCUCAGCCAGCACCAGGAACUGCUCGCCGCAAUCAGGGCUGAUGGCAAGAUCUCAGAGACAUCAGACGCUAAACUGAAGCAGAUUGUACUGACCUUCCUGUCCAGUUUCGAGUAAUGGAUAGCACUUGUCUUGUUCUUCAGUGAGCUACCUGUUUGUGUCCCCAUUAAUGCAUAUAUAUAUAUAUGUGUGAACACACUGAAGGCCAAAACCUCCAUGUACAGAUUUCUCCAAAUAAAAUUUUACAACCCUACUGUGCUGUAAAAUUGUUCUGAUUGUGGGCUUAACCGCAGUAAGUUUAGUGUCUAGGUUGGAGCCCUCUGAGCAGAUUUCACCAGUGGCAGAAGAAAAAUAACUAGUGAGAAAAACAAACAAUACUUUUGUUUAAACACAUCGAAUGCAUUUUUGAAUUUUUGUCGGACUGUUUCAUUGUACCAAAAUGUAAAGGUAACAAUGCACAUACAAGACUCAUCUGUUGUUGAGUUGUUCAUAAGAGCAUUAUGUCCAAGAGGAUAAAUUAAUGGGUUUAGAUUGACUUGACAAGUAUCGGUUUGCUCUUCACUGUAUUCAGAGUAUGAAAAGAGUGAAGUGUAAGCCUAGUUUCUCAACUAUGUUUGAGAUGAUGGUGUGACAUGUUUGAUACUACGGUAAUAAAUUCAGUGACUCGGUCACAAAUCAAA